AUUUGCCCAAAUAUCAAAUAUUUUUCAGCAAAACUUUCAGGAGGUAUUGUUAGGUCCCUCGUGUCAUAGACUAACAUGUUUUUACACAUAUAUUUCUUUGAAAACAGUAAACAGAAUACAUAAUAAUAAUAAUAAUAAUAAUAAUAAUAAUACAAAAAUACUUAACACUUAAAAUAAAUAAGUGUUGGGGGGUGGGGGAGAUGUUUUUAUAAUGUUCCCUAGAGUAUUAUGAAAAAGACACCAGUUCCAAGAUGCAACUGCAAUAAAUUAGAUUUUUAGUGAGUUUCCGUAGGAAGAGAGUCAAAUAUAGCCAAAAAAUGCUGGUCCUGGGGGAGCAUCCCUCUGAAAAAUGCUUGGUCUAAUACAUUUUGUGAAAUAUCCCCUGAAGAACCGGCAGGUGGCUCUUUUUCUUUACCACUUUAUAAUAUUUUUCUUUAUUUUUAUAUAUACUUUUGAUUUAUUUAAUACAAUAUCAAAACUGGUGUGUUGUUUUCAGGUAUGCUGUAAAAAGUGGUAUGCAUCGCAUGUGUAUGCCUAAACAAUGUCUAAACAACUUCCACUAAGAAAGCUGCAAAGUCCCCAUUCAAAUCUGGUACAUUAUGCUGUUUUAGAUCUUUUACAUCUUUUUAAAUUGAAUGUAUCAUAUUUUCCAGUCUUUUACAUCGUUGUUAAUUUAAUUUAUCAUAUUUUAAGAAACUAGUAUGCAAAUAUUUAUCAUAUGCAAUACAUUGGGCAUUGUAAUUUUUUUUUGCUUGUGCAAGUUUGCGUUGGACUUCUCAUUUUGUUUUGUUCGUCGUGAAUUUUCUUUUUAAAUAAAUGGAUUGUCUGUUUCCAGUGUAGGUUUGCAAAAAAAUAAUGUAAUUAAUGUUAACUAUACCUCUGUUUGACAAUAGGAAAACAUCCAUCAGAAUGCAAUUGAUUGCACCUGUAGCAAACAGCAUACCACUUUCAAUGUGGCAAAGUAUCGCUUUCUGACAUUACACAGAUCAAGUUUUGGUACGCGUACCACAUUCUGACGAUGUACCACUUUCUAACACUACACCGGUACAAUUUAAUAAUUGUACUGUUUCCGACUGGGACAAAACAUGAGGCUGAAAAAGUGGGAAACCCAGUUUUCCUUGGAUGUCUGGUAGCCCCAUCAAUAAAACCAAACGGCCACAUACAAAUCUAAACCACAUAAACACUGGGCACACACUUCUGAUCUCCAUGAAUCAAGCAGGGCGAUCAUGUGACCACACUGCUGUUGAGUAUGGUGUAUACAGAAUGUGUCAAAAUACAGUACAGUCGAUGCAGGCAUUCUGAAGUGAUAAGUGGGGUGGAAAUCAGUUGUAUAACUGUUACGUUUCCUUGACAUUAAGCAGCGUGUGACAUUAACCAAAGUGAUAUUAUCAGGAACUUGUUUUUGAUUUGUUAUAUUGUGGUCGUAACAUUUCAAUUUGAUAAUAAGCAGGGUGUGAUAUUAACAGGGGUGACAUUAAGAAGGUUUGACAGUACUUUCUAUAUUUGUCCAGUCCCCCAGAGACAGUGCUGACACAUGAUUAUUUCAGUCAACUUCAGAUGUAAUCACUGGGGAUUACACUAGCUCCUUCUGGUGUAAGUGAAAUCCCCAGUGUGUUCAUAACUCUGUUGGGGGUCAUUUGACAUGGAAAUUACACAUGGGAUAAGUAUCUGAAAUGUCUUGCUGUCAAAGAUCAUAAUUGACAAGCUCUUUGGGUGUAUGGCAGCAAAGGUCUGUAUUGAUUUCUCUGGUCUCAUUUCCAAAUACAGUUUAGCCACUGAUUGAAUGUGUAUAGGUGGAGCGUGCUUCAUCAGUCUUCAGGGGUCAUUGCCAGGUCAGCUUUUUCCUUUCCCUUUGUCUUGUUUCUCUGGUACGUGAUAGCUCACGAAUGGGUAAAUGAGAAUCGGUGCUUUUUUGCUGGGGAAGGGGGGUGGGGGUAUAGGGUCUGGUGCUCUUGCCACCUUUGAUUUAUGUGGGUGAUUGUGAUUGAGGUAGUUUAGAGUUUAAACAGCAGUAAAUGUGCAGUGUAGACCAAUUUAUUUAAUAUUCAAUUCACUGUAAGUACUGUAAAAGUUGCUUUUCUUUAGAUGGCUUUCAUGAUUUCAAAAAUUCCCCAAUGUGUUAGUUUAAACAUUUAGGUAUUUAAACUGAAACUAACAUCCCACAUUUUACUGUCUGAAAAUUGUGAUGUCACAAAGCAGAUUAUGAUGUCAUAGGUGUGGUAACCGUGGCAACCCUCUGAGACCCAUACUUCAGAGAUAUUGUUGCUGGCAGUCAGUUUAGGAGUUUCAUUUGGGAAAUAAAGAUGAACAAACCAAGCUACCUGUCUUACCCUGCGAUAGUAACCAUUCCAGGGCAGUAUUCGAAACUGCGGAAUCAGUGGGAUAAUCAUUACUACGAGGCACACAGGAACAGUGUCAAAAAGGUUAAAGCAGUAGUUGACAACAAGGCUCCAAGGACAUACUUGCAUUUUCACAUCAAGAUGAAGAAAAUGCAGAUGGAGCAGGAGAGACUUGCUGCUAUUGAGAGAGACAACAGACUGCUUAUUGAGAAAAUGGCCCAUAUAAUGAGCACCACAGGCCGUGUGGAAAACUGGAAUGACUACGAGUCAAAAAGUCUGAAUAUUGGAUUAAGACAUAGGGAACUGGUGAAGAUCACUCUGGAAAACCAUGCAAUCCUGAGAAGGAUUAAUAAUCAGAAGCCUAUCUACAAUCACAGCAAAUGGAUAGAUAACUUUCAGACUACACGAGGAUACAUUGCUAACAUCACAAAAUAUCCUGAUGUUUCAAAGAAAAGUGACAAGGUUACUUGUGGCCACAGCAUGCCCAUGGGCUGCCUAACUUCAUAA